AAAAGGCAUGGCGAUUAGGGUUUAGGCAUUUGCUUUCGGCUGCUCGCUCCGAUCCCUGACUCUGAGAGGUGGAAGCAGAGUGGAUCAAAUCGAAGCAACAAUGGCGGAAGUUGCGGCUCACAUCGCUCCGGGUGAACCUACUACCAUUCAAACCGAGGUCAAGUUAUUUAACAAGUGGUCCCACGAAGAAGUUCAGGUCAAUGACAUCUCCGUAACAGAUUAUAUUGCGGUGAACCCAGCAAAGCAUGCUACUUAUGUACCUCAUACUGCCGGACGAUAUUCAGUCAAGCGCUUCCGGAAAUCGCAGUGUCCCAUCGUUGAGAGGCUAACAAAUUCUCUCAUGAUGCAUGGAAGGAACAAUGGAAAGAAGCUUAUGGCAGUUAGGAUCGUCAAACAUGCUAUGGAAAUUAUCCAUUUGCUGACUGACCAAAACCCCAUUCAAGUUAUUGUUGAUGCUGUUAUUAACAGUGGACCAAGAGAAGAUGCAACUCGAAUUGGGUCUGCUGGUGUUGUGAGGCGUCAAGCUGUUGAUAUUUCCCCACUGCGCCGUGUUAACCAAGCUAUCUAUCUGCUGACAACGGGUGCCCGAGAAAGUGCUUUCAGGAACAUAAAGACCAUAGCUGAAUGCCUUGCUGAUGAACUCAUCAAUGCGGCCAAGGGGUCUUCCAAUAGCUAUGCUAUUAAGAAGAAAGAUGAGAUCGAGAGGGUUGCUAAAGCCAACCGUUAAGUAGUGAGUGGCACAAGAUGAUGUUUUUGUUUGGCUUUUGAGACCUUGUUCUGGUUGGGUUGAACUUUUGUUUUUUUUUUUUUUAUUCCAUGGUGUAAGGAAAAAGAAUUUUGUUGAUUAUGCCUUUUGCUUCUCAGUAGUCAGUACUUACCGUGUUUCGAUAUUGAGGAGGACACGUUACUAGAUGUGCCUUUUCUACUACUUUGAGUGCUAUUUUAUGGUAGCCUUUUGAUUGUUUGUUUAUUA